AUGGCUUUCUUGAUGUCAGAAGAUUCAUGGCUGGAAGAGCUGAGCCUGACCCAGCCGCAAGCCCCAGCUACAGCUGAGCAGUCAGAUGACUUCUGCCAGCGGUUUUUGCAGCGCCUGGCCAAAUUUCAUCUUGGUGACACCAGGUUGGAUCUACGGCUGGCCAAGAAUUUAGGCAGGGGCCUUUCUUUGACAACUGAGUAUUCUGGCAUGGGUACGGCAGAAGAAGCCAUGCGGCAGAUCACUGAGUGCCUGAAGCAGAAGCUCAUGCUUGAGAAUGAGAAUGCUUUGCUUGCAGAAAUGGAACAAGCGCAGUGGCAAAGCGAGCACGCCACGGACAACAACAAGCACUGCAGAUGUGUUCUCAUGCAUCAUGAUGAGCCUUGGAGGGCCCAGUGUCUUUUUGGUGAUCUGCAGGAACGAAUCCCUGCCUUUGCCUUGCAGGCUUUGGAAGCGAAACGGAAGGAGUUGUUGGACACGCUGGGGCUUGGUCGAAAGCGGAAGGUGAGUGCUGAGCUUUCCGAGGCAGUGGUUGCACAUGGCCGCCGAUUCAUAUCAAGUGCCGUGACUAUGAUUUGCAUGAACAUGGAGCAGCGCCCGAAGGGCCAUUGCUAUCGUCGUGGUGAAUCUUGCUACAUUUCUCCUGCUGGCAUCCCCACAGCCGCACUCCACUUGAAUUGUAGUGGCUUGAACUGCUAUGACUGGUCAACCAUGGGCCUGGGCUUGAAGUUUCUGGGUGAAUCCGCCUUGCCUUUCGCAGCCUGGUGUGCCAGCAUGAAGCAGAUGGUUCCAGAUGUCAUCAUCGCUGAAUGCACGCAGACCUUCGAUUUUGAUCAUCUCCGCACGCUCCUGCAACCAGAGUAUCCAUCAGAAAGAAGCUUGGAAUUGAGCAUCAGCCCUCAUGAUCUUGGAGAGCCACUGACACGCAACAGGAAGUACAUGUUGUUUCUCAGCCAGCGCUGCUGCUGGAUGGUCCCUGGUUGUGAUGGAAGCCAGGAGAAGGACGACACGCAGCAGACGCUUUCCAGUUUUUUCCAGCAGCUUUUCAAGCAUCAGGAAGCUGUAUUGGCACCAUGUUCAAAGUUCAGGGCCCCGCCCGAGACAGUGCAGGCUCAUGUGAGGAAGUUGGCGCAGAAGAAUCACCUGCCGCCUACAACCACUUCAGGGCGUGAAUGGUCUUACGCACAAGCAUGCACAGCUGCCACACGAGCCAUGGUGCAACAGCACAAGGAGUGGGUGGAGAAUCAUGUCCGGGAGACAAAGAUUUCCUUUGAUCCGUAUCAGUGGACAACCAAUUUGUCGCAGUCACCGGAGCACAUGCAUCCCAACAAGGGCUUCGUGCCAGCGCUUUUGAGAAGGUCCAGUCUGUACCUUUUUGGGCAAGGGCGGGCAGCUGUGCCUUUAGAAUACCUGGAAUGCCAAGGCUGGAAUGUAUUCGGCGAGCGUGGCGUUUCAAGCCUGCGCAGGCUUGACGUGUCAAGAACUGGUGCUGAAUCUGCUGGACAAACACGGAGCUUGUUGGCAUGCUUUGAAGCCCUUCCCCAGAUGGUCCUGCAAGAACUUGCAGGAAAUGGCAUGCAUCUCCAUGUCAUAACGGCUGUGGUCAUGUUCUCCUUGGCUUGCGUCGCGAAAGAAGAUUAA